CGGUUAGCACGAGGCAGUAGCAAACGUUCGCAAGGAUCGUCCUGCCCAUUUCUCGCCCGUUUUACCUGUGCCCAGGCAGAAUCUUUAAAGAUCGUCAUAAUCAUCAGACGGGGUUGACAAGCGGGGACUCAUUCGUCCUUUGAAAAUCAGGAAUCUUUUCUGAUCGCUGACUGAACCUUGGCGUGUGGGGAGUCGGCUGUGAGUCAAGAGCAGUCACGUAGUAUCUCGUGGGAUUUUAAAACUCAGUUUACGUCUAAAAGCCGAUUGCGGAGGGCGCAGAGAUGGACCAGCUUGAAUUUCAAGAGCCCAUGGAUACGACCAAGCAUCCGAAAGACAGAAUAGUCGACCACCUAGUCCAGAUCGAAAAGCACGUGGAAUGUUUAAGGAAGGAGACGUUCAUUCUGGAAGGCCUGAAAAACACCCUGAUGGCCACGCUGGAUUCGUUGAAAUGCAGCGACCUGCUCGGCAAACUGGAGGAGCAAGAGCUUGAGGACGUGUUGCAGUACGUGGACCGGGUGGCGAACAAAUGUCUCACGAUCGACGUCUCCGUCCGGACGACAAGGAAUCUCCAGGAGGAAGACGCGUUGCACAGGGUGAACAAUCUCAUUGACGAUGUCGUGGUCAGCUUCCGUGACAACUGGGCCUACGGCAAAUUAACCUGCGAGUCUUAUUUGUCCGCCUGCUGCGAAAUCGUAGGAGUAGCCCCGAACGAAACAUUCAAACAGCUUUUGACCCAGUGCUCGGAAGACGAUCAGAAUAUCAUCGCCAAUCGGAUAAGCGGCUUGCUUAAUUACAUGAACGGUAUCAACAAGCUUACUGUCACUGAAUUGAAUUAAUAAAACCAAAAACCUUCCACCCAUGU